CAUUAUUCUUUAUCUAGUGGACAUACCAGGCCAUGGUCCAUGAACUACUGGGUAUAAACAACAAUCGGAUUGAUCUUUCCAGAGUGCCAGGAAUCAGUAAAGAUUUGAGAGAGGUGGUCCUAUCUGCUGAAAAUGAUGAGUUCUAUGCUAAUAAUAUGCACCUGAACUUUGCUGAGAUUGGUAGCAACAUAAAGAAUCUCAUGGAAGACUUUCAGAAGAAGAAACCAAAAGAACAGCAAAAACUAGAAUCAAUAGCAGACAUGAAGGCCUUUGUUGAGAAUUACCCACAGUUCAAGAAGAUGUCUGGGACUGUGUCGAAGCACGUGACAGUGGUUGGAGAACUGUCUCGGCUGGUCAGUGAGCGGAAUCUGCUGGAGGUUUCAGAGGUUGAGCAAGAACUGGCCUGUCAAAAUGACCAUUCUAGUGCUCUCCAGAACGUAAAGAGGCUCCUGCAGAACCCCAGAGUGACAGAGUUUGAUGCUGCCCGCCUGGUGAUGCUUUAUGCGCUUCAUUACGAGCGACACAGCAGCAAUAGCCUACCAGGAUUGAUGAUGGACCUUAGGAAUAAAGGUGUUUCUGAGAAGUAUCGAAAGCUUGUGUCUGCAGUAAUUGAAUAUGGUGGUAAACGGGUCAGAGGAAGUGACCUCUUCAGCCCCAAAGAUGCUGUGGCUAUUACCAAACAGUUCCUCAAAGGAUUAAAGGGAGUAGAAAAUGUAUAUACUCAGCAUCAACCUUUCUUACAUGAGACCCUGGACCAUCUCAUCAAAGGAAAGCUUAAAGAAAACCUGUAUCCUUAUCUAGGCCCCAGCACACUCAGAGACAGUUGUUUCAGUUCUCAGAUUCUUCUGGUUUUACAUGUGUCAAAGUUAGAUUUAAAUUCCUCUAUCAAGCCUAAAGUAUUAUUUCUUUUGGAAUACAGAAACAGAUGUUUUGGAACACUCCAAAUACUUGUGUCCUGUCCACCUCAGGAUAUCAUUGUGUUUAUCAUUGGAGGAGCCACCUAUGAAGAGGCUCUGACCGUUUAUAACCUGAACCGUACCACUCCUGGAGUGAGGAUUGUCCUGGGAGGAACCACUGUGCACAACACAAAAAGUUUCCUAGAUGAAGUUCUGGCUUCUGGACUGCACAGCCGAAGCAAGGAAACCUCUCAGGUUACAUCAAGGUCAGCAAGCAGAAGAUGAAAUGGUGAUGGAGAGGUGAGCCGAAUGGUGCAGCUUCCCCUCUUGCGUCGCUGCAGGCUUUCUCCACUGACCAGAGGGGUGUUGGAGAAGAGCCUUGGGUUUUGUGCUUGUUGUUAUAACCCACAUCCAGGUAGCCUGCUGAUUCCUGAACUGUUGGCACAGACACCAAGGCUCCCAGUGAUGAGUUGAGAAUAAGUCUGAGCCAAUUCCAAUCCACUUUUCUCUUGGUUUCUUUAUCAAAUAAAUAAAUGUGUUCCUUAGUUAGGAGAUUGGGAUCGACUUAUAUACACUACUAUGUAUAAAAUAGAUAACUAAUGAGGACCUAACUGUAUACAGAUACAGCACGAGGAGCUCGCCUCCAUUCUCUCUGGUGACCUAAAUGGGAAAGAAACUAAAAACGAAGGAUGUGUGUAUACAUUCAGCUGAUUGGCUGCUGUACCGCAGAAACUAACACAACAUUGUAAAGCAACUGUACUUCAAUGAAAAUGAAUUUUUUUAAAUAGCUCAUGAACUCAUACUUAAUUUAGGCAAACUGAGUAGUAAGAACACAAAUAUGUAUGUACAGAUGUUUAUAGUAUUAAUUAACAAAAUUAAAUCAUUUGUAUCAGUUCAAAAAAAUGUAUUCCUUGUAUUUGAUAGCACAGUCACUUCAGUUUCUCACUAAUUUUGUUGGGCUCUUACUUGAGUAAAGGAUUAGCGCUUAAAGGAGUUUUAAAAAGUAAAAAUUAGAUGCAUAUACUACAGACUCUCUCUUCUCUUGAAAAGGGUCAACCCUUUUAUUUUUCAUUAACAUCACAUUUCUGCACAAAUCAUUUCUGAAAAUUCAUAUUUAUACAAGAAAUUGUUUGUCCCUAAAUUGCAGUUUUCUGUGGUACUGAGAGACCAUGUAUGAAGACAAUAAAAAUCCAUUUUAUGAAAAGA